UUUUGGUUCGUGUAAAUAAAACACUUUAAUUUCCCAUUCCAUACAAAGUUAGAAAGUUUAUUAAUAUUUUUUUACAAAUUUAAAUGUUUUGAAACAUUUUUGAAAAAAUAUAUCAAUAUUUCUAGUUUAACUAGUUUAAACUUAACUUAGUAACACUUUAACGCGAACGCAGUGCGGACACAUUAAUUUAAACACGUUCGAACAAAAUUGUUGUUUAAAUGUUUAACACAAAAAUUUAAAUACUUUUAAUAAAAUGCGUUUAUUAUUAAUUUUUAUGAUCAUAUACUUAAGUGUAGUAGUGGAUUCAUAUAAAUAUUUGGCUGUUUUACACACAGGUGCUAAAUCACAUUUUAUUUUUGGUUCAGCUUUAAUGAAACGUUUGGCCCAAAAGGGUCAUGAGGUAUAUGUGAUAUCACCGUUUCCACAGAUAAAACCUAUAAAAAAUUAUCAUGAUGUAUUUUUGGAGUCUAUGGAGAAAGUAAUGAAUGAAUAUACUAGCAGUUUGUUUUAUAGUAAUGAGAAAUCGGUAUGGGAAAAUAUUAUGAGCUAUUUCGACAUGGGUCUCAAUCUGACUGAAACGGCUUUAAAAGAACCCAAUGUGCAACAACUAAUGGCCAGUAAUCAUACAUUUGAUGCUGUUAUAUAUGAUAUUUUUCUGUCCGAAGCUUUAUUUGGUUUAAGUGAACAUUUUAAGGCACCACUUAUAGGUCUAAGCACACUAGGUGCUAUCUCAGAGAAUAAUGAUAUGGUGGGCUCCCCCUCUCCUCCUUCUUAUGUACCCAAUAUUAUGUUAAAAUUUACCGAUCAUAUGUCUCUCAGCGAACGUGUGAAAAAUUUGGCUUUUGCCACAUUUGAGCGUUUAUUUAUGGAUUUUCAUUAUUUACCCAAACAGGCGGCUUUGUAUGGGAAAUAUUUCCCUCAUUUGACAAGAGACAUGUAUACAGUGCGUAAAAAUACGGCUGCUGUUCUGCUAAAUACUCAUGUGUCACUGGGUUAUGCCAGGCCUUAUGUACCCAAUCAAAUUGAGGUGGGCGGCAUGCAUAUUAAUCGCCAGCGUAAACCUUUACCCGAUGAUAUGAAGAAAUUUAUCACUGAAGCUAAACAUGGUGUCAUCUACUUUUCCAUGGGAUCCAAUUUGAAAAGUAGAAAUUUACCCCCAGCCAAGAAACAGGAACUACUGACCGCCUUUAAAAGCCUUAAACAAAGAGUCUUAUGGAAAUUUGAAGAUCUCAAGAUGGAAGGCAAACCCCAUAAUGUUUUCAUUAGUGACUGGUUCCCUCAGGACGAUAUAUUGGCCCAUGAGAAUGUCAGAGUUUUCAUUACCCACGGUGGUCUUUUAAGCACCACCGAAAGUAUUUACCAUGGUACUCCUUUUAUAGGCAUACCCAUAUUUGGUGAUCAGUUCCUUAACAUGGCUCGUGCAGAAGCUAAAGGCUAUGGCAUACGUUUAGAUUAUCAAACUUUAAAUGCUAAGGAUCUCAUAGCAGCUGUGGAACGUGUAAUAAAUGAUAAUAGCUAUAAACAACGUAUACAGGAAAUGUCUGCCACAUAUAGAGAUCAACCUAUGUUGCCUUUGGAUUUGGCAGUCUAUUGGGUGGAACAUAUUGCUCGUCAAAAGGGUGCCAAAUAUUUACAUUGUGCUGGUUUAGAUUUAAGUUUUAUUGAAUAUCAUAAUAUCGAUGCCAUGUUAAUAUUAUAUGGUGGCAUUCCAUUUACUCUUUUUGCUAUUAUCUACUUUUUUAAUAUGUUAAUUAAGGCAAUAUGGAGGAAAUUGGGGCGCCACCAGGAGGAUAAGAAUAAUAAACAGAAAAUGUAUUAA